AUGCCCGAGAUUGAAGAAAUCGACGAUGUCCCCGAGCUCGAAGUUCAGGAAGAAGAUGACGAUGUUCCUGAUUUGGAAACCCAGGGCAUGGACCCCGCUAUGCUCGCUCAGGCGCAGGCCAUGAUGCAGCAGGAAGAGUUCAAGCAGCAGAACCGCAACGAAAAGAAGUCGCGCAAAGCCAUGCAAAAGCUGGGCAUGCGGGCCAUUCCGGGCGUCCUCCGUGUGACGGUCAAGAAGUCCAAGAACGUUUUGUUCGUGAUUCACAAGCCAGACGUCUUCAAGUCGCCCAACGCCGACACGUACGUUGUCUUUGGCGAAGCCAAGUCGGAAGACGCCGGUGCCGCCUCGCAGGCGGCUGCUGCUAAGCAAUUCCAGCAACAGCAGGCCGCGUCGGCUGUUACCAGUAUGUCCCAGGCACCGGAACCCGAAGAAGAAGGGGAAGCAGAUGAAACAGGACUGGAAGCGAAAGAUAUCGAACUUGUCAUGGCCCAAAUCAAUUGUACACGAGCCACUGCCGUCAAGGCGCUCAAGGAGAAUGAUUGCGAUUUGGUCAAUGCGAUUAUGAGUUUAACCAAAUAGAACAGUGAAGCUGACCGCAUUUAUUGAAAGACGUGGUUGACUCUUAACAUCAUAUUAUUAAAAAGUUUCACCUGC